AUGCAGGUCCGGCUGGACCCUGGCUAUUUGAGGAUAGGAGUCGCUCCAGCUGAACUUUGCACAUCAUCACCAUCAUCAUCAGCAUCACCACAGCCCUGCACUUCCCCCAAUUGGACGAUCGACGUGUCGGACGUCAGAACUAUCAAGGUGACCAACGUACCUCUCUCAGCGACCGCGGAGAACAUGAAGGAGUUCUUCUCCUUCUCUGGCGAGAUCGAGUAUGUCGAGAUGCGAAGGGACUCGGAGACGUCUCAGGUCGCUUAUGUCACCUUCAAGGAGUUCCAUGGAGCUGACACAGCUCUACUCCUCUCUGGAUCAAGCAUGUGUGGCGAUGUUCCUGUGAACAUCGCGCCAGUGGAAGACUACGAACUGCCACCGGAAGCCUACUCCCACUCGCAUCCAGAAGAAAGGUCGCCGGCGCCGGGCACGCCGACCGGGGAGGCCGUGAAGAAGGCGGAGGAGGUGGUGAGCACCAUGCUGGCCAAGGGCUUCGUGCUGAGCAAGGACGCGCUGCGGCGCGCGCAGUCGUUCGACGGGCGGCACCAGCAGCUGCUGUCCACGGCGACGGCGCGCGUCGCGUCGCUGGACCGCCGCCUGGGGCUCAGCGACAAGUUCAGCCUCGGCACGGCGGCGGCCCGCGGCGCGGCGCGCGGCGUCGACGAGCGGUUCCAGGUCACGGAGCGCGCCUGGGGCGCCUUCUCCGCGGCCGGGGAGGUCGUGGCCGGCAGCCCCUACGCGUCGCGCGGCGCCGCGUGGGUGUCGGCCGCCGUCGGCGCCGUCGCCAGGGCCGCGUCCGACGUCGGCGCCAUGACCAUGGAGAAGGUGGUCAGGGCCGAGGAGGAAGGCACGGCGGCGGAGCAAGGGAACGCGGGUCGUGUCGACGUGCACGACGGACAGGUAGCUGCAGCUCAGCACGGUGCAAUGUAGAAGUCCAUAGGAGUAGUAUGAGUAUGAUUUUUUUUUCCUUCGGCUUUCUUACCUGUUUUUCUGGUAUUAUAUAUAUACAGAAAAUACAAUGAAUGCAUAAAUAAAAGACUUUGAAAAAUAAGAUAGAAAUCAAAC